UAGCAUUUGUUCACCCGAUAGAUACAUUAAAUGUUCAAAAUGCUAUUAAAUGUGGAACAAAAUUAAAUUAUCCUAUUGUUGCAAGAUCAGGCGCUCAUUCUUACGAAGGUUAUGGAAUUGGUGAUAAAGAUUGUUAUUUAGUUGUUGAUCUUAAAAACUUUAAUAAAAUUACC